GGCCCCUGAAUAUAAGGAGGGAGGCCACUGGUCUCUUUAGCCUUUUUCGUACUCAAGAUGAAAUUCCUCUUGCUGGCUGCUCUGCUCACAGUGGGCGGUACUGAGCACAUCAUCGGCCCUCGGGCUGUGUGGCAGUUCCGCAAUAUCAUCAAGUGCACAAUCCCGGGAAGCGACCCCUUGAAGGACUACAACCACUAUGGCUGCUACUGUGGCUUGGGUGGCUCAGGCACCCCUGUGGAUGAAUUGGACAGGUGCUGUCAGACACAUGACCACUGCUACAACCAGGCAAUUAGGUUGCCCAGCUGUAAAUACCUCGUGGACAACCCCUACACCAACACCUACUCAUACACCUGCUCUGGCACUGAGGUCACCUGCAGCAGCAAAAACAGAGAGUGUGAGGCCUUCAUCUGUAACUGCGACCGCGAAGCUGCCAUCUGCUUUUCCAAGGCUCCAUACAACAAGGAGCACAAGAACCUGGAUACUGAGAAAUACUGUUAGAACCUAGUGUCACCCCUAUCUGCCUUGUUGCCUUCACCUUACACUGUGCCCUCUAAUAAAGCAUAUUGUUGGAAA